UUCAUUUGCAUAUUUGCGCAUAACUAAUUACAAUGUUAUUACGUUUCGUAUGUUUUUCUUUCAUGUUUUGCUUUUUUGUUGCCGCAAAAAAUGAAGAUUAUAAAGGCUAUAAAGUGUAUAACAUAGAAUUGGAAUCAAUAGAACAGCAGGAUAAUAUAAGAAUUUUGAAGAGUGAUCUAAUAGACUUUUGGACACACCCUAGUUACAAGUAUGGCGUCGUUGGCAAGGUUUUGGUGCCGCCUUCUCAUUUCAUCUGGUUCGAGGAGAAACUACAAGAGCUGGGAGUAAACAGAGAUGUGUAUAUUGAAGACGUUUAUGAGUACUUAACUGGAGUGGAGAACAGGACGAGGCUACCAAGGAGUGUGGAUGAAGAUCAUUAUUUUGAUGUCAAUAAGUACCACAGAUACGAUGAUAUCCUGGCAUAUCUUCGCAAAUUACACGAGCAAUCAGCUGACUCUUUAACCAUGGUGGAACUGAUAGAAUAUGGGGUUACAGCCCAGAAUAGACCUCUGGUCUAUUUGAGGAUAAGUCGUGGUACCAAUGAAAAUAAUAGUCCAGAAAAACCUAUCAUUGUAAUCGAAGCUGCCACAAAUCCGAGAGAUUGGGUAACGAUUCCAGCCGCGUUGAAUAUUGUAGAAAAUCUUCUGAAGGAACAAAAAUUUUUGGAUAACCUCGAAUGGAUUGUAAUCCCUGUUUUGAAUCCGGAUGGAUAUGAGUACACUCAUACCAAUGUUCGCCUCUGGCAGAAAUCUCGGAGCACCAACAGCAACAUGGGACACAUUUGCCCCGGAGUCAACAUCAAUCGCAAUUUUGACUACGACUGGCAGAACUUUGAAGCCAGUUCUAGUCCAUGCAGUCAUUUAUACGCCGGAGUGGAACCAUUCUCAGAAAUCGAAAGCCGUAUGAUUCAAGAUAUAAUCAACAAAAAUGCGCCCAGAGUUAAGCUGUAUAUGUCUUUACAAAACAAUGGAGGUUACAUUUCAGUACCCUGGUAUUACGAAAGAGCUGCAAGUGGAAUGUUCAGACAGCAUUACCUUUUAGGUUUAGAUAUGGUAAAAGCCAUGAAAGAUGCGUACAAUGUAGAUGUUGGAUCAUAUAUAUUUGAUAGAAUAUCAGGUACCAGUACCGAUUACAUAAGAAGUAAAACCGUGUUGUAUACUUAUAUUUUUGACAUAGUACAACGCGGCAAUGGAGUGAUUAUACCUGAGGAAGAUAUAGGUGCUAUAGUCGAAGAUGUUUGGAAAGCGGUUACAGUUGCCGCCGAAGAAAUGAUGAGAUUAAACAGUUCCAAUUAUUCUGUGUUUUUUUAAAACAGUUCUUCCAUUUUUAUGAAGUGGAAUGAGAGUCCGAG